CUGCGAGCCUUACGUCACUCCAGAAGACUCCGCUUGCGGGAUUAUUGAAGGCGGACUACAUUCGUCCGUCCGAUGACUGGAACGAGUGACUUCACGAGCGCUACGUGAGCGCGCGCUGCAAACGCGUCAAACACGGUACAGUCGAACGGGAGCGGAUCGGCGAACGAGAUACGAGUCCGAUGAGCAGCUCGAAGUCCCCGUUUGACCUGCAUGCGAUAUCUGCUACAUGUUGGGUAAAGGCCUGAAACGGAAGCUGGAGCAGGAGGACGAGAAUGACGUGAUGAAGAUGAGCUCCCAUCAGGAGGCGUCACCCACCUGCUACUGGCUCCAGCGGCAGACCGUGCUCAACCUCUCGCUCCUGAAGCUGCACAGCCGUCCGGUACACUCAGACCCGGGCCUGGCCCGCAGGGUGCUCAUCACCAACACGCUCAGACACAUCCAGGACGAGCUGAGAGGUGAGGGUAUCCCUGUACCCCAGUCCUUCCCCUGCGGCGGGACUCCACUGGGUGUUGUUGACGGCUAUCGGGAACGUUCAGCGGGUUGUGGGGUGGAGUCGCAUAGUGAGGGCAGUUUGACGCCUGUGUCGCGGUUGGAAGAGGACAAACAUCUGCUUCUCUGUCUAUCUCCGUCUGUUACCAGACAACAACCUCCAUCAUCUAUCAUAAAGGACAGCUUUACCUCAGCGCUAGCUGAAAUUGAAGAUCUGUGCCCGACUGUAGGAAUAACCACUUUGUUUUCUACCGAGACAGGACGCUCACUCACAUCAGACCCCAACUUCGAUGAAUCGCGAUACACAGACUCAGAUCUUUCUGAAAUGAACAGCAGUUUGGACUCGGUGUCGUUGGUCUCUGACCCAGCCCCGUCCGCAUUUGGCCACACCCCCUCGCUCCUUGCUGAUUUUUCAUUGGACGAUUUCCUGUUCACGGAACUAGACAGCUUGCUGUUCGACAGCACCCCCUGCAGUUCACCCCUGAGCACAAGCUCAGGCGCGUCAAAAGUCGUUUCAAUGGUAACAGACGACUUUGUUAAGACGCUCGCUGGUUACGGUAACGGUGGGACGAGCCAAUCGACGCUUCAGUCUAAUCAGACAUUUAAACUGGACCUGAACGAACUGGAUCACAUCAUGGAGGUUUUGGUUGGGUCGUAAUUUGAAAAACAUUUAAUAUGUACCUAAUAUUAAGGUAAAUUUUGGCCAUUUUUUUAAUAUAUUAUGGUAUGUAGACCAAAAAGGUUACUAUGGUGAAGAACGUAUACGUGUAUGCUCGUAUAUUUAUUUUGAUACAGUAACAGGGCACUCAAUGUGAUGUAAUAUAUUGCAACCAUUUUAUAAUGUUAUAGAAUGCGACUGAUAUUUUUCUUGUGGAAAUUUCAUAUGAAUUAUGUUAUUUUAGUAUUUAAUUUUUAA